AUGAAUAGAACUUUACGGCCACUAGAGGACCUCUCUCCUCUCCCCCAUAAAGAAACUUCCACGAAUGUAGUUGUAGCAAGUCCCACCACGGAGGUACAUGACAAGGACAAGGAAAUCCCCACGUGUGUGGAGGAUGAAGAUUACUGUGAGGAUAUUCGAGAU